ACGACGACGUCAUUAUUUGUCAAUUUUUUCAAUAAUAUUUUGAUUUUUUUAAUGCAAAUAAACAAAGUUUGUUCCGUCGUUGUACAUACACCUGGAAUUAUUUUUAUUUACGACGAUCUCACGGCAAAUGACCUUGUGCCUUGUUUUACUUUGAUUUCUAAUAUCGUUAAUCGUUUAGACUCUUAUACCUACAAAUUAUCAUGGACUACGUGAUUCAUUCACAUUUAGCCACUUCGAAAUACGUUUGAGAUAACGCGAAGCAAAAUAAUUCGUAUCCUCGCAUAGUAUGUAAUGUUUAUAUUGAAAUUUAAAUUUGUAGGAUUGGAUACCAGUGUACAUAAUAAUGUAUAUAGACCAGAACCUUCGUAAAAAUACAUUUUCUUCAUAUUCUUCAAUGGAAUUGAAGAAAACUUCGUCAAAAACGAGCAGCUUCGCUGUUAGUGUAGCGACUAUUGUGUGUUUAUUUUUAUUAGUAUUUGUUAUGUGGACUUUUAUCGAUAAAAGUGAACCAAAGCUAGAAAUUUUAAAUAUAAAUAACUAUUACAAGGAUGUGGAAAUGGAAACAGUUGUCUCGUGCUACUACAACACUCCAACAUAUGAGGAUACUUCGCAGCUCCUGCCAAAGCACAUUCACCCACACCUUUGCACUCAUAUUAACAUUGCCUUUGCUCAAGUGAAAGAUAAACAAAUUUACCUCAGUGAAAAGCAACUCAUAACUGUGCAGGAGACUGUUAAACUUAAAAGUGCAAACCAAAAACUAAAAGUUUUGUUGUCUGUGGGAGGGGCAGGAAACAAUGAUGGUUAUUCUGAAAUGGUGGUUGAUCAUGCUUCCAGGAAAAUAUUUAUCAAAUCAAUUAAAUAUAUGCUCAGGAAUUAUACCUUAGAUGGCAUCGAUUUAGACUGGGAAUUCCCCGCCCUGCAUCAAUACAGCUCUGAGAGAGGCAAGAGAGAGCGACAACACUUCUCUCAAUUGCUCAGAGAGAUAAGGAUGGAGUACAUCAGAGAGAGAAAGAACUACCUGUUGACUGUUGCCAUAGCUGCACCGCAGAUCAUAGUGGAUGUGUCCUAUGAUAUUGAUCAAAUUAAUAUGUAUGUGGAUUAUGCUAAUAUAAUGACAUAUGAUUUUCAUUAUUACACCCAGUUCACACCCUUCACUGGACUCAACUCUCCCUUGUAUGCCAGAGAGUCAGAACAUUUUUAUAUGGCAACAUUGAAUGUGAACUAUACAGUACAAAUGUAUCUAAGUAAGGGUUUAAAUGAAAGUAAAAUAGUAGUCGGAAUACCAACAUAUGGACACAGUUUUAGCUUAGUUAAUGAAAAUAAUUUUGACAUUGGCAGCCCUGCCUCAGGCUUCGGUAGCCUUGGGGAUUUAGGAUUUGUGAAUUAUCCAGAUAUCUGUCGAUUCAUAAGGCAUAAUAAUGUUACCAUCGAGGUAGAUUCUGAUGCUAAAGUGCCAUAUUUGCAUGAAAGGUCCCAAUGGAUUUCAUACGACACCCCAAUGAGUGUGAUUGAAAAAACCAAAUAUAUCAAACAGUACAAAUUAAGAGGAGCCAUGAUUUAUUCAUUGAAUUCUGACGAUUAUCAAGGAUCAUGUGCAGAACUAUCAGACAAUGUAAAAUUUCCCCUCGUAGAAUCUAUUAAAAACAGUCUUUUUGAUUGAACAUAAUUGAAGUUAGAAAUAAUGUAACACAUGAAUGAUUUGAUAUUGCACUAUUUUUGUUGUGGGUGAUUUGCAAUGGCUCAUAUAUGUUUGCUAAAAGUGGAUUAAUGAUGGAAAUUUAUGCAGAGCAGCGAGUUAGUUUAUUGUCUUGCACAUGUUACCUUUUUCUUCCGCGACACGUAGGUGAUCUUGUACAUGGUACAGGAUUUCAUUCUCGUCGAUGGUGCUGCGCGG